GGCUGCGGGUGAGGACUCGCCGGGCGAGCUAGUGUAAUCUGCAGCCAUCCGUUUUGGGACACCGUGGCUGCCGUCUUCGGGAGCUCUGAGAUUCUCCCGCCAGCCGAUUAGAAGUCAGAGAGGGGGGCGUUGGGAUGGUUUCGACCUGUUUUUUCAGUUCAAGGGCCGCCAGGCCGGAGAGGAAUGGAGGGACGGGGAAUUUGGGAACUCGGAAGGAACUCGGGGGAGGGAGCCUGUGGAGCUAGAGUCAGGUCUGUCCGGUGUAGUUUCUAAAGAAUGGUCUCGAAGUAAUUUCUCGGUAGAGCCUUCACGGAAUUUCCAGACCGCGCUCGCCUAUUGGAAAGUAUUUUGGACCCGAGUUGUGUGCAGGAUUUUCCAGCCAAAAUGAAGUUCAAUCCCUUUGUGACUUCAGACCGAAGCAAGAACCGCAAAAGGCAUUUCAAUGCACCUUCCCACAUUCGCAGGAAGAUUAUGUCUUCCCCUCUCUCCAAGGAGCUGAGACAGAAGUACAAUGUUCGAUCCAUGCCCAUCCGAAAGGAUGAUGAAGUUCAGGUUGUGCGAGGUCACUAUAAAGGUCAGCAAAUUGGCAAAGUAGUCCAGGUUUACAGGAAAAAAUAUGUCAUCUACAUUGAGCGGGUGCAGCGGGAAAAGGCAAAUGGCACAACUGUUCAUGUGGGCAUUCACCCCAGCAAGGUGGUUAUCACUAGGCUUAAACUGGACAAAGACCGCAAAAAGAUCCUUGAACGGAAAGCCAAAUCUCGCCAAGUAGGAAAGGAAAAAGGCAAAUACAAAGAAGAAACCAUUGAGAAGAUGCAGGAAUAACGUAAUCUUAUACAGAACUUCCAUUAAAAACUGCUAACAU